AUGCGAAUAUGGGCAUCGCGACGCACCUUCUCGUCAUGCCAAAUUCGCGAAACCAGGAUCCAGAGCAAGCUCGUCAGACAGUCAACGCACCUCACAAACUUGGAGACUAGACUUGCAUGGAACGUAAGGUCCGACACACCUGCGUCUAGUCAUCACCGUCUGAGGCCAUGGACAGCUCACUCUACGUCUCCCCGUCCAACUCUGAGUACUUCGACUAGCUUGUCGUCUCCGUGUUCGCGAAACUUCUCCUCAUCCGCCAUCGCCCUUAUAACCAAAGAGAGUUACGCAGAGCUACGCAAGAACCCGGAACGCCUGGAGCAAUAUCUAGAGGAGCGCAGGGCAGCAUAUCGCCGUCAGUCUCCUGAACGCCGAGAAUUCUAUCUUGAAAGGCUCAAGCAGCGGUACUGGAACGACCACGAACACCGUGAAAGACUUCGGGAAGCCGCGCGACACAAAACUACCACUGGCCAAAUGCGCAAAAGAUUGCAUCUUUGGUGCACUAGAUAUGCAUGGUUUCGCGAGAGCGUGUCUUGGAAAUCUCAUCUUCCACUCCACACUGAGGACAAGGUGCGACAUCAUUGUGACGGUUGCGGCUAUGAACGCUUCGCUGGCCUAAAACUUUGGUGGACCAAACUGGUCGACAGGAAGCCACGUUACCUGUGCCAUAAAUGUUACUGUACAACCAGAGGCUGGAACGAUGUUAUGCCAACAGGUUACGAAGACAUCAAGUCAUUCAAGGAGCUUAGCGUGCGCAAGAAACAGCUCGAACAGCCUGGGUCUGGAGGAACGAAUUUUGCAGUGCCGACUGCUUCAUCAACCUGGCAAUCAACGUUCUCGCGCCCUGGGUCGGAAAAGGCGGUCAACAUUGCUCUCUCCACCUCUCGCAAGUUCUCUUCCGGUCCUUUACACCGAAGAAAGACCUCAUAUGCUACAAUGCGUUCAAAUCCAGAAGCCUGGCGCGCUUACUUGGACAAAAUAGCCGUAUGCAAACAGAAGCGACACGACGAGGAUCCUGAAUUCCGCACACGCAGAAGACAGACCGAAAGACUCGGUCACGAACAGAUGAAGAGCGAUCCAGCAUAUCUCACUUGA